CUGUCGUUGCUUUUCCUCGCUCUCGUUUACUCGUAACCGCCAAUUGCCGCGGAGGCACGGUCUAAGACAUCUAUGUAUCACUCCACAUCUAGAAACGUCGACCCCCAACCGCCACCCUCCAGCCACCGCGUCUGACCUUAUCCAAAUGUGAUAUCUGACAUCUGUGGCUCCUGACAUGAAUGUCUCCCUUGGCGGGCGUACAGGCAUUGCAAGGUCUAACACAAGGCCUAUGCACGGCGCUACCCUCCAAUUCCCCGGAAAAAGCAACGGGCUGCAUGCGGAGUGGCGUUCAACUGAAGUGCGGUUGUGUGGGAAGAGUCUGCCACUUUGCUCCUGCGAGGCAAAGCAAGGAGAGUCUACCGGAGGGUCGUACGAGUAUUAGUGUGACAAGGCGAGCUACGAAUGGCAGGAAAAGGAAAGGGAUACAUUGCCGAAGGUAUAGCCACCGUCAGUAUAGCCACCGUCAAUAUAGCCACGUUAGCGUCCACAUCGCGGGUAUUGGGACGGAGCUCUCACCGAAGACGUCGAAUGAGCCCCGGACACACGAUGCCCAUACCCCCAUUAACACACCAAGGGACUACACCGAGGGAAGGACAAUAGCUCUACCUCUUCUCCGAAGCGGAAGCCUUGUAGACAUAUGAAAGACGGAAUAUCGCCUUCGUUAAGCAUGGUCCAGACACGCUAUUGUUCCACGGUAGCGCCACCUGCCAUGUUGCCUUCCCCAAGCAGCUUGACACACUCCCAGUCACAAGUCUCACACACCCAACGUUGCCCUCGGGUGGCCUGGGUUCAACAUCGCAGAAGCUACGCCAAGAUAUUGAGCGUAUUAACACAGUCUUACAAUGCCUUCUUU